AUGUCCGACUUAAUAAUAUCUUCAACGAUCCCAUUCCAUCAACAAAUAUUACAAAAUGCGAAACAAUAUGGUAACGACAACGCAUUAACUGACCACUCGGGCACAAUCACCUAUGAUGAGCUAAAUGGACUGGCAAAUCGAUAUGCAAAUGCCCUCUCAUCACUUGGAAUCAACAAAGGAAGCAAUGUUCUAUUGAUCCUGGGAAAUUGCAAAGAAUAUCCAUUAAUAUUCCUGGGAUCGGCAUUGCUUGGCGCGACAAUAUCUGGAGGGAGUGUCUAUCUAACUGUUGAAGAGAUAAAAUAUUUAUGCAAGGAGGCCGAUUCUGGGUUGGUGAUCACGGACUCGGCUCUCGAUUUGGGAAUUGAGACGAAGGUGAUAACAUUAGCUGAAUUGCAAGAAAUGGCGGAAACAAGAUCUGACGAAUUUUUAAUGUACCCCGAUACUGACCUACAGGAUGUUUUGAUCGAACCAUUUAGUAGUGGGACGACCGGCCACCCGAAAUGUGUUCAGCUGACUCAUCAAAAUUAUAUAGCAGCUACGAAGGCACUUUCAGACGCAUUAUUUUCCAAGCUGACCGGAAAGGGUCGAAGAUGUACACUCGCCUUUCUACCAUUCUAUCAUGGCUCGGGGUUUUGGGCGCUGGUUUAUUGCCUAUUGGCUGGGCACCAUUCCGUUAUAAUGUCGGAAUUUCAUCCAUUAUUGAUGCUGGAAGCUAUUGAGAAACAUCAGGUGGACGUAAUCAACGUGGUUCCAUCAAUUGUAUCGGCUUUGGUCCGACUACCAAAUGAAUCAUUCGACCUUUCAUCCCUGGAAGUGGUCCUCUGCGGUUCAGCUCCACUUGGCAAAGAACUGUGCCAAGCUUUUAUGGCUAAAUUCCCGCAAGUUACCGCUCUAGUACAAGGGUACGGCAUGACGGAAAUUGUGGUUUUGUCUCAUAUAUUGCCAAUCGAGAGUGAGAAGGAAUCCUGGGGAAGUUGCGGCAAACUUUUGCCCGGUUUUGAGGCGAAGCUGAUCAAUAUUGAUGGGGAGAUAGUUGAGGAGCGUGGGGCUUGGGGAGAGUUGUUUUUGAAGUCGGAAGCCAUUUUCAAGGGUUAUAAAGGCGGUCAAGAUUCCGGGAAGGAUGAAGAUGGGUGGUUAGCGAGUGGGGAUAUCGCUUACCAGGAUGUUCAUGGGCUAUUUUAUAUCGUUGAUCGGAAGAAGGAUUUGAUAAAGGUUAACGGUAUGCAAGUGGCUCCGGUUCAGUUGGAAUCCGUCCUCCUCACCCAUCCAAAAAUUGCUGAAGCCGCCGUCAUCAGAACCAGCCAUGAACAAUAUGGUGAAGUACCAAAAGCAUUUCUCGUGCCAACCGAUGGAUGCUCCAUAGACCCAAAAGAAAUCCACGAUUUCAUGAAAGAGCAUGUUGCCCCGUUCAAGCAACUUCGCGGAGGGAUUGUUAUCCUGGAAGAGCUACCGAAGACCAAAUCCGGGAAGAUUGCGAGAAAUUUGCUGAAG